AUGUCGCGCUGUCGGGGAUUAAAGAGGCUCCACACUGGAAUCCCUCAGUGCCUGCCAGACCCCCACACCAUCAACAGCUGUAAACUGAAGGCCAAGUUUAACCUGAGCGGGUACAGGAACGUGGAGAAGAAAAAGGUGGUGAUGGGAGGGAUGUUUCCCGUUCACCGCCGCAUCGCCUCAGCCAAUACCAACAGCUCCUCGGUGCCGCUGUCCCUGGGAUGCGAGGGUAAUGUCAGGAUUCCACUAUUAUUACUAWUUCUAACUAUUUCCCAUCAUCAUCGUCACCGUCAUUAUCACCGUCAUCAUCAUCACUUCUCAUCCAGGUUUAACUUCCGGACGUUCCGUUGGACUCAGACAAUGCUCUUCGCCAUUGAUGAGAUCAACAAGCGGACAGACCUCCUCCCUGAUACAGACCUGGGAUAUGUCAUCUACGACUCCUGUUUCACCAUCUCCAAGGCUGUGGAGGGCACCCUCACCUACCUGACGGGGCAGGAAGAGGCCGUGCCCAACUACCGCUGUGGCACAGGGGCGCCCCUGGCCGCUCUAGUGGGGGCUGGGGGGUCAGACCUGUCCAUCGCCACCGCACGCAUACUUGGACUCUACUAUUUCCCCCAGGUGAGUUACGCGUCGUCCUGCUCUGUGUUGGACAGUAAGUUCCAGUUUCCCACCUUUCUGAGGACCAUCCCUAACGACGUCUACCAGUCUGAGGCAAUGGCCCGCCUGGUGCUGCACUUCGGCUGGACCUGGGUGGGAACCAUCGCCGCGGACGAUGACUAUGGGAAGUAUGGCAUCAAGGCCUUCAAYGAACAGGUGGAGGAGGCUGGGGUCUGCAUCUCUUUCUCUGAGACCCUGCCCAAGGUGAGCUCUCCAGAGGACAUCCGGCGUAUUGUGGAGACGGUGUGGAGUCGCACAGCUAAAAUCAUUGUGGUGUUCUCCUCUGGUGACCUGAGCCCUCUGAUCCAGGAGCUGAUCCAACACAAUGUCACCAACCGCACCUGGAUGCCAGUGAGCCUGGUCACCUCUGCACUGAUCAACCAGCCUGGGAACCUUUAUUCUUUCCAGGACGGAGAUGUGGACGGCUACAUGACAUCAUUAACUGGCAGUGAUAAGCGACGGGGAGAUCUCCUACUGACGAUUGGCCAAUUCAACAGCACAGCAGCCCCAGAUGCCAUGAUGACUAUCAACAACGCAUCCAUAGCUGUGAACAAUGAUGAGCUGAGGUCAACUCCGAGAUCAGUGUGCAGCGAGAGCUGCCAGCCUGGUACCAGGAAGGGGAUCAGGCAGGGGGAGCCCGUCUGCUGUUUCGACUGCAUCCCCUGUGCCGACGGAGAGAUCAGCAACGCCACAGUGUCAGAUGCCAGGGAGUGUAUCCAGUGCACUGAGGAUUACUGGUCUAACGCGGCCCGAGACACCUGCGUCCCCAAGACCAUCGAGUUCCUGGACUUCAGUGAACCUCUGGGCAUCACACUCAUGGUGAUAUCAGCCGUUGGAGCGCUGAUCACAAUGGCUGUGGGGAUGGUCUUCCUGGUCAACCUGGGUACUCCACUGGUGAAGGCCAACGACCCCAUACUGAGUUUCUCCCUGCUGUUCUCCCUGGUGGUGACGUUCCUCUCCUCCAUCGUCUUCCUGGGAGAGCCCCAGCCCUGGAGCUGCAUGACCAGCCAGGUGGGCCUGGCCUUGGGGUUUUCCCUCUGCCUCUCCUCCAUCAUGGGUAAGGCUGCAGUCCUUAUGCUCAGGGCCAGGGUUCUGAAGGCUGCCAGGUCCAAGGCCAAAGCCACUGCUAAGGCUGCAGCUCAGGCCGCCGCCGCCGGACACCAGCCCUGA